AUAGGCUACCCUGAGGUGUGUCAUAAAUGCUUAACGUCAAAGCAUUAACAGGUGACACUUCAGUUUUGUCUAAUUUCAGUGUUUUACCCUUCGAGGUAUGCAGUAUCGAUCGCGGAGAUCAUUCCUGCUCAACUGAAUCAACGGCACUGGAUCCCGAUAUUUCACUUGCACUAUUUGCAGAAUGUCCACAGCAUACAGCCCGACCGGGACUUGCCAGAAAAUUAGCACUGGGACUACCAUCAUUGCAGUGGAGUUUGAAGGGGGUGUUGUGAUUGGGUCAGAUUCAAGAGUGUCAGCAGGUCAAGAAAUACUCAACCGAGUAAUGAACAAGCUGUCCCGACUCCAUGACAAUGUGUAUUGUGCGCUCUCAGGGUCUGCUGCAGAUGCACAAGCUGUUGCUGACAUGGUUGAUUAUCAACUUGAUUUGCACAGUAUUGAUAUGGGACAGCUUCCUCUCGUCAAAGCUGCAGCAACCCUGGUUCGAAAUAUAAGCUACAAGUACAAAGAGGAAUUGGUUGCUCACCUGAUUGUGGCAGGGUGGGAUAAGAAGAAAGGUGGGCAGGUGUAUGGAACCCUUGGAGGAAUGUUGAUCAGACAGCCUUUUGCAGUUGGAGGCUCAGGAAGUGUGUAUAUCUAUGGCUAUGUUGAUGCUUCUUAUAGAUCUGGAAUGACAAAAGAAGACUGCCUUCAGUUUGCGACUAAUGCUUUAUCAUUGGCCAUGAGCAGAGAUGGUUCAAGUGGAGGUGUGAUCUACCUUGUGACCAUUAGAAAAGGUGCAGAAGAUAAAGUUAUUCUUGGAGGAGACCUUCCUGAAUAUUUUGAUGAAUGAACAUUUUAAUGUAUUUAUAUUUGUGUUACAGAAACAUUUUGAAAUAAAUAAUAAUAAUAUAAUAA